UGUUUAUGUAUCUAUGAUGUAUGUGUUUUUCAAUAACACUAUGCGUAGAAGCAAAUAGUAGUCGCAGUUUACUUACUCUAGAUUUGUAGUAUUCCUUCUUGAGAAAGGCGUUGCUCCUCUGCCUCUGUGUGUUUGCAGCAGAAGCCUUUGAAGAAGAACAUAGCAGCGAAAUUUUCGUGUGUAUGUGUCAACCACGCUCACUUACAUCAAAAAGUCGCCCUUCUCUAACACCUUGUCCUUCAAUCGGGAGCCUUUCGCGGACACGGUGCUGCGGAACCAGAACAAGAGAUGCUUAUACUAGCGGAGGCACAUGCCGUGGAUCCGUGCUCGUGACACGACAUCAACCAACUGCAACUUUACGACUAUCUUGAUUUCGUUCCAGCCACCACCAUAAGGAACCACGGAAAGAAGAGCUCGCAGGACAUGCAAAAAUAGAAACGAUUUUACGAAACCGGCUGCGCACAGCCGUUGUUCUUGCGUAUUUCCGAACGAAGGCGAAUGUGAAACGCACCCGGACCAAACGGGAGCUGCUACUUUAUAUUUGCAUUCCCAACAAGGCUGAGCUGAUUUUGACGGACGAAGACGCGGCGACGCACCGUCAACAUUGAGAAGGACACCCAGACAGAAUGUGGCCGGAUCAAGCGCACCAGGGAAGGCUGGACUUCGCGAUUUUGACGGGUAUUGCCGUAGCCUUCGCCGCAUUUUCCCUUCUGCUGCACAAAGCUAAACCACUGGUGCGGUUUCUUGUCGCGUUCUUCUCGAUCGCGUAUUACGCAAUAGCAGAAAUUAAAAUUCACUGUCGUGCAAGACGUACAACAAAAGUAGCGAGUUUCGACGAGUUAAGAUACUUCCAGCUUUUAAGACCUGCAAGAACGUUGAAUAACUUACUACCUGUGAAAAAAGCUAGUAGAGUUAUAAGCUUUCUCCUGCACCAUACGGUACUAGCACGAGAUGGGCAUGAGACUUGUUGUCCUGCAUCCUUACGAUCGUCUUUCUUUUUUCCUCUGCAGUGAGUUUUUUUUUGGAAUACGUUUGUGACAAAGGAAAUACCAAUCGAGGGGAACAUCUCGCUUGCAACUGUGCGAAAACUCGGGAUUUUUUCCAAGGCAAGUGCCCUCACAUGCCUGCUGUUGCUCGCCGCACUACAGGCCCUUCUCGGCUCCUUCGCGGGGGUGUUGUUCUGGAAACUGCCAACGCUCACCAACUUCCUGUUCGCGGUCGGGUGGGGCUUGUUCUGGUUUGCGCCACUGGUGGUCAGGCUCUUGCAGUUUCUCGCGAUCAAAUGCGGCGUUGCGAACUCCGUGGGAAGGGCGCUUUCCGAAGAGCCGGUCUGGCAGCAAAUCUCGCAGUUUUUUGACGCAGAGCACCGGAAGAGGUGGCUAGAAAUGAGCAACACCGAGGACGCGGCCAGUGUAGCUCGACACCAAGAAGGCGAAGGUGAUGCCGCCGAGCCGGUGUCGACUUUGUCACAAGACGGUAGGGGUAGCGGAGCGGACUCUGGGCGGUCAUCUUCUACUUCUGCAGCUACGCAGCAAGAAGGGAUAGCCGUCGGCGAAGCAGGACUCGUUGAUGCCGCCCCGCCGCGGCCGUCCGAAUCACACACCGCGCCCGUCGUGCCGUCCUCGCAGCAAGACGAGGCAGAUGGCAAUUACAGGGAAGAUGACCCAGCACGAGCAAGAACACCAGGUGGCGCAAUGGUAAAUGCAAUAGUCACCUCGACGGCCGCGACAUUAGCUCGUGCGGGCGAUAGCAACGCCCAACAGCUCAUGUUGGGACCGCUCGUCACUUCUGCAGCGCAUCUUGGGGCGGGCGAGGAAGGCACGCAGGCCAGCACUCUGAAGGUGCUCAGCCACGACGAGGGCGACGGAGUUGUUCCUGCAGCUUCCACUAGCGCUCUGGAAAAUAACCUGGAAAGCAUCACCGUUCUGCAGCCAAAGUACGAGUUUACCGCGGCUGUUCUCAAUGUGGCGCUCUUACUCUGCCUCGCACUGCUCUACACCGCGAUUUUGAUGCGUCUACGGAAAUUCGCCCACAAUUUCUUUACGGCUUUCGGCUGCGCGGCGGUGGCAACGGCAGCGGUCGGAGAAAUAGUGAUUUAUUGGCGAUAUCAGAAUCUGCCCUUUUUUGAGUUCGAUCAGUCAUCAGCGGAAGUCCUGAAAGCUGCUCGUGGCGGAGCUUCUAUGCAGGAAAUGGUGGAACAGGUAAGUAUAGAAUUUGUAGCAAGCUGUUCUACUUGCGGUGAAAAUUAUGUUCUGGAGCGAUACAAUUCAUGCAGCGAGGUCCUCUUUGUUGAAGGCUGAGGUUCGCAUUAGCGGCACGGUGUUAAAAUAUGAUUUGUACCGUUCUGUAUGAUUUCGGAUUCAAUUCAUUUUUUCAAUAUCAAUAGACUGCGCUGCUAUACUUAUUAAUUUGCGCACACUAUCACCAUGCGUCCGCGUCGUGUCUCCAUGUCGGGUUUUGAUCCAAUAUGUUUUUUUGCGUUCCGCAGCCGCACUAUGUAUGAUGAUCAGUUUCUCCGACACAUACUUCGGAAUCACAUGAAAACAGCCCCACUCGGCCGCCACUACCACAGCUGUUGUUGCAAACACCACGGCGAUAUCAACACAAGCACAGCAGACGUCUCUACCCGAUGAGGGCGGCCACCUUAUUGCUGGAGGAGGAUCAGCGCACCACCAGCAACAAGAACUGAAUUUGCUGACCGCAUUUUUUCCGAAGGAUCUGUGGCUACCUUUCGUGUUCCUGCGAAACGCGCCACAGCGAAGGGCUUUGCAGGAAACAGUCGCUGCAUUUUGGGACACGGAAACAGACCCCGCCACAUGGCCACAGAGCUGGAUUGCGAGACUCGAGGCGAGUGUGUUGGCCUGUUAUCAUGUGCCAGGUAUUAAAAGUUACGUGCAAGUAGGAGUAGCACUUUAGAAAAUGCAGCAGGGUCAGCAGCAAGAGCAAAGAACUCAAUUUAUCGUGUUUGUCUCAUAGCAAAAGAGGCUUGAAUACAGUCAAUCUCUGAUUAAGAUUUUGUGGCUUUCACCGACGUUUCGCCGGCCAAUUUAUGACCUCCGCAUCAUUUUUUUCCGAUGCUGCCCCGCCCUGCCCCUGCGCGAGGGUCGUGUGUAUUUGCUGCAUCAAGUAUGAGCGACGCGAGUCGGCAAGCAGCUGGAUACAACUAAGCAAAAAAAAGUGAUUUCCUUGUUUCCAGGUAACCGCCGGCACAUGCUUCUCUCUUCGGGUAUCGCCUACGUCCUGCUCGGCUUGGUCUUCUCGAUUCUGUUCUUUCUUUCGUACAAACGUAUCCCCCGCAAAAGUUAAAGUUGUACGGCAAUCGCACGUUUACAAAUUUGUUCUGAUACUGCACGACAGAUUUUUAUAAAUUUCUUGUUGACUUACAGUUACACCAGCAGCAUUUCGGUUUCCUUCUCCAUUUGCGGCGUUCGCGUUUCUUUCGGUAUUUCAACUGCUUGACUAUGUAUUGAAUAGAGUGUACAACUAGAAGUAUGAUUGCAAACUGCAUAAAGCUCCACGUGAAGCAGGACAUUGCGGACGAGGAGAACGUGGUGAGGAAAAAGCGGGACCAGCUACUGCAAGCGCAAGAACUGGUGUUGGCCUGCGAAGACCCGGACUUUAGCCGCGAGGAGUGGCAAGAGUUCCAGCGGUGGCGAAACCUCCGCCAGGCGGUUCUCGCGUCCACGUCAUCUUCGGAUGAAGUAGAUGCCACGAGCAGAGCAAACCAUGAUCGGUACUACAACAACCAGCAUUUUCUCCGACAGCCUGCUAAUACCGUUCUUCCGGGUCAUCAUGGUCGCCGUGCUGCUCUUCAUCGAGGAGAUUUCUUAUGCGGUGCAAAAGUAUCGCAUUCGUACUCGCAGAAAUUCAAAUUGCAUAGAUAUACGCCUCUAUUCCAGCUCAAGCUUCUGAGCCUUAGUGUGACAUAAAAUGGUGUGAUCUGUAAUGCUGAAGAUUGAUUGGGAUUCUACUUAGGUGGGGGUAGAAAUUUUCUAUGCAUGAGCACCAUUGCAAUAACAAUUCCAAUUCGUGCGACUCGUGCGAUACUUUAUUUGUGAUGCAUAGUGGUACGCUGAGAGUGACCUGAACCUCGACGGCGCGUUCGACGACGAAUUAUGCUGGAAAAGAACGGCUGUGCCUUUCCCCUUUUGCUUUUUCCCGCGUUCCGUUCUCAUCUUGCAGCAUUUUUACGUUGUCUUGCAUGGUUUGUAGCAGCGCCAGGGGGGGCGUGACUGAAACUACACUGGAUGUACUUAAAAAGGCACCCGGGUGUCGCCCCCGUACUUGCAUAAAGAUGCAAACUACAAGAAAAGGCGACUUGUUUCAGGUGAUCAGGCCGCUGACCACGAAAAUUCACUGACGUCAACAGCAUGCGAAGUAACCUCGAUUGGGUAGGUAAAGCUAGCGGAGUCAGAUGUUGAAACACAAUGAAUCGUUUCGACGAGAGCAUGGACUGAUGUGCAGAUUCAACCGAGUUGCAUCAUUGCUUUCAACUCUGUUGAAGCAGCUAUCAACGAGAAAGGGAAAAGUCGCGUUUCUUGUCCCGUUUGAUACCAAUUCCUUGAACACCACCACCAUCACCACGAGCAUGACGUGCGGUUUGUCCUGCCGAGUGCGAUACACAACCGUGGGCGCCGCGAGGGGGCUACGAGAUGUACGGAUGAUGUUGUGGUCCGUAGAGCAGAGAACAGCACUGGUAGAACCACUCGACUUCCCGCUGCAAGUAGAACGCAGGUACCAACACGGCCUCUCCCAGCAUCCACAACCUCGAGGGUGCCAACAAGAUCGGCAGGCUGCGUUACAAGUUCUGGUCAAGAAGAACAUCAGGAGGUAGGUGAACAUGCGCCAAUGCACCGUGCUGGCUGGGCAGAUUCAUCGCGACCGACGAGAACACGAGACUCGCAGAGUAAGACACGAACCAGGGCACCCUCCUCUCGCCGGCACGAAGGUGGCCGUGGUCAGAAUCACGUGUGAGAAAGACGAGAAUGGAAAUGCUUUUAGUAGUAUUAACUAGUUGCGUGCGGCUCUACUCUGAAAAGCAGGAGAGUAAGUACGGUAUUUGAUAGCUACAGCUAGUAUCUGAUAAUCUUCAGUCUCACUCACAGGCACCACCAGGAAAAAUUAACGACCACUUGAUUUGUACUUUUUGUUAGUGUCCCGUGAUUUUAGUCAGCCUCUCCCUGAAUUGGUUGCGCUUUUUAGCUGUUUUAGCUGUUUGUAGAGGGCUGGUACAGAAUUUGAUAGAUAGAGCGUGAACGCCCAGACCAGUCUUCCCGAAGCGUCUCUAGGAUGAUAAGUAUUGUGACAACUGGCGUGCUACUACUACUAGACAACUAAUGACCAAAUACGCAAAGGGAACUCUAAAUCUAAUGACAGACGUACAAAAACAAAGACAAACAUGAGUUAAUCUUUCAUCGUAGUUUUCUUGCUCCCGAGGCCCAGAGGCAAAGAAGAGUGCAUGCAUAUUUUCAAUCAGAAAGCCAAAGCAGUAGCAGCGGGAGCAGUUGCAUCAAAUUUGAACAUGAUAAGACGACGCAAGUAUUCGAAAUAAAAACUGUAUGCGUUUCAUGCUACUUCAGCGAGCGACAGGAUAUUACGACUAUUGAUGUUGAAGAUACAUGCACACAUGCCAUGAUGCUUUUCCGACAAGAAACUUUGAACGAAAUGGAAAUUUGUCCUCGUCCUUUUAUUUUGCAAGAUGAAAGAUUUAAAUAGAUGAAAUCCUGGCUAAUGGACGACAAGUUG